AUGGCAGGAAAGGACAGCAGCAUGCAGGCGUUCGUGAUGGACUUCAUGCUCGGCGGCGUGUCUGGGGCAGUGUCCAAGACGCUGACUGCCCCGAUCGAGCGCGUGAAGCUCGUGGUGCAGACCCAGGAUGCCAACCCGAAGAUCCGCAGCGGGGAGGUGCCCCGCUACACCGGCAUGGUGGACUGCGCCCAGCGCAUCAUGAAGGAGCAAGGCUUCAAGCGAUUCUGGGACGGCAACCUGACGAACUGCAUCCGCUACUUCCCGACCCAGGCCUUCAACCUGGCCUUCAAGGACACAUUCAAGAAGAUGUUCCCGAAGUACAACCCAAAGACCGAGUUUUGGCAGUUCUUCGGCGCCAACCUGGUGUCGGGUGGUUUGGCAGCCGCCGCCAGCAUGACCAUUGUGUACCCGCUGGACUAUGCCCGGACGCGCUUGGCUUCGGACGUGGGGUCCGGCAAGAAGACCUUCAGCGGACUGGGCGACUGCAUCGUGAAGACUGUGCAGGGCCCCGGUGGCUUCUUUGCCCUGUACACUGGCUUCGGCGUGUCUGUGUGCGGCAUCAUCGGCUACCGUGGCUUGCAGCUGGGUACCUUCGACACCAUCACAGGCCUGAACCCCUACAAGAAGGACAAGGGCAUCCUAGGAGCCGUCAGCACUUUCGCCGCGGCGCAGACGGCCAUCACCAUCGGUGCAGGUGCCACCUACCCCUUCGACACCGUUCGAAGACGCCUGCAGAUGCAGUCCGAGAAGCCUCCUGAGGAGCACCUCUACAAGGGCACUGCUGACUGCUUCAAGAAGAUCGCCGCCGAGGAGGGCUUGGUCGCCGGCCUCUACAAGGGAUUCCUGGCCAACGUCGUGCGCAGCGUGGGCGGCGCAUUGGUGCUGGUGCUUUACGACCGUGCGAAGAUGUACCUCAACCUUUGGAAGGACAGCAGCAUGCAGGCGUUCGUGAUGGACUUCAUGCUCGGCGGCGUGUCUGGGGCAGUGUCCAAGACGCUGACUGCCCCGAUCGAGCGCGUGAAGCUCGUGGUGCAGACCCAGGAUGCCAACCCGAAGAUCCGCAGCGGGGAGGUGCCCCGCUACACCGGCAUGGUGGACUGCGCCCAGCGCAUCAUGAAGGAGCAAGGCUUCAAGCGAUUCUGGGACGGCAACCUGACGAACUGCAUCCGCUACUUCCCGACCCAGGCCUUCAACCUGGCCUUCAAGGACACGUUCAAGAAGAUGUUCCCGAAGUACAACCCAAAGACCGAGUUUUGGCAGUUCUUCGGCGCCAACCUGGUGUCGGGUGGUUUGGCAGCCGCCGCCAGCAUGACCAUUGUGUACCCGCUGGACUAUGCCCGGACGCGCUUGGCUUCGGACGUGGGGUCCGGCAAGAAGACCUUCAGCGGACUGGGCGACUGCAUCGUGAAGACUGUGCAGGGCCCCGGUGGCUUCUUUGCCCUGUACACUGGCUUCGGCGUGUCUGUGUGCGGCAUCAUCGGCUACCGUGGCUUGCAGCUGGGUACCUUCGACACCAUCACAGGCCUGAACCCCUACAAGAAGGACAAGGGCAUCCUAGGAGCCGUCAGCACUUUCGCCGCGGCGCAGACGGCCAUCACCAUCGGUGCGGGUGCCACCUACCCCUUCGACACCGUUCGAAGACGCCUGCAGAUGCAGUCCGAGAAGCCUCCUGAGGAGCACCUCUACAAGGGCACUGCUGACUGCUUCAAGAAGAUCGCCGCCGAGGAGGGCCGCGGCCCCAGCUGCACCGUCGCCAAAGGCUUGGUCGCCGGCCUCUACAAGGGAUUCUUGGCCAACGUCGUGCGCAGCGUGGGCGGCGCAUUGGUGCUGGUGCUUUACGACCGUGCGAAGAUGUACCUCAACCUUUGA